AUGGCCAAUCCUUCUUCGGUCGCGAGGAAUGACUUUUUCAAACAGCUCAAACCGCGAUGCGUCUCCAUCAACAACCUGGCUGUUCGCGAACGAGACAAAAAGGCGAGCGCCAAAGACCUGAUCAAAGUGACCGAUGACCUCUCUGCGCUGUUGGACCGCCAGGUCGCCCAAGAUGCAUCGGUCCUGGAUGAGAAGCUGGCCGACUACAUCUUCUUCCCGCUCUCCAACAUCCUGCGCGCCCAGCAGGAGUAUCCCAUCCGCCUGACAGAGGUCACCAUCAAAUGUCUGAGGGUCUUGAUUGAGUAUGGCUGGAAGAGCAAGAUCCCGAAAGAGCUCGCGCAGCAGCUUCUCAUCUUGCUGACCUUCAUCAUCGGCGGUGUACCUGGCCAGGAGAGAAAGGAUCGCAUCCCCGAAGAGACCGAACUGGAAGCCUUCAAGGCUCUCAUCGCCUUGACCAAAGCUUCAGGCUCGUCGCUUGCAGGCGCUGCAGGUUUGAUGGAGACCAAUGCCAUUCCCGCUCUGGGCCAUGCCAUUACGGUCGUAUUGGAGGGGGUCACGGACGGCAGGACGCCUGAUCUCCAGCUUGAGGCACUGAACGCCCUGAAUGCUAUAUACACAGCAGUCAAGGACCAGACAGCAUUGGCUACGUUCCUGCCUGGAAUAGUGUCUUCUCUAAGCAGACUGCUGACACCGCCAACCGCCCUGAAGACCCAGAAGCGGAUUCUCAUACGGGGGUUGACUGCCCUUAAAGAUGUACUCACGAGGGUUCUGGGAGAUAUCAAGACCAUGGCCAUCCUCAAUAAGCCGCCCGGAGACAAGACUGAGAAGGCCACCGAGGGCAAGGUACUCACACCUUCGUGGUUGAAGGCCACUGUGGCCAAAGUGAAGCUUGCUCUUGCGAGUGUGCUGAAACUGCGGUGUCACACCUCGGAAGAUGUGCAGUGCGCUUUGGAGCGACUGUGUAUUACGCUCUUGGAUGAAUGCCACCGAUCACUGUCUGAGUGUGCUUCGAUUCUGGUCGAGACGGCAAUGAUCCUGGCUAGCGACGAAGACGAAAAGUCCUCACUCGAGACUAGUCUGACCGAUCUGGCCAGGAUCUAUCCAGAACUGGGAGACACAAUCAAGAAUACAAUAUUCAAUUGGGUCACCAGCCUGCCGCGGAUCGUGCAAUCGAGCGAUGAGAAGGUCAAGCAGCAGGCCAUUCGAAACCUCGUGAAAGGCCAACACUUCAUCACCACUCUUCAAAUCGAUUCAUCUAUCCUGGGUGACUCGAUGGCUGCAUCAUUGAGGGACAGCACAACGGCACUUGUCAUGGCAACCAAGCCAGGGGGAGGUGUCAUGUCCGAGAUGCCCUCAAACGCAAUUGAGUUGAAAAACAUGGACAUGGCUGCACGCGACCAAGGCAACUCGUUCCGGCCUGUCCUGAUCGCCCAGGAGACAGAACGCUCUACACGGUCAGCACUCCUCGACUUCAUCUCGAAGUAUGGACCUACUACACAACAAGUCAAACUUGCGAGCGACAUGCUCAAUUAUGUACGUGAGUCGAGUGGCCCAAGCCAGAUAGCUUCGUACUGGCUAGCAUUUGAGCUCGUCAAGGCCACCUGGUCCCAAUCCUCAGACCUGGAUGAUUUUCUCGAUCUGAGUUCCGCUGCAGACGCCUCAGAUGGGAGCGAAUCUGUCUUUCAGGAGCUCUAUUCCUUCUCUGUUGCCAUACUGGACUCGCAAGCUGAGGCAGAGGAAGUGGACUGGCGAAUGCAGGCUCUGGCCUUGGAGGUCACGACCUUUGCUGCAGUGAGGAUGCAAGAAAGCUUCCGCCCGGAACUCAUAGACGUGCUAUAUCCCAUAGCAACGUUUUUGGGUUCCGACGUUCCUCAGGUGCGAGAGCACGCGAUUAUCAGUCUCAACAGCAUAUCAGCCUCCUGCGGCUAUUCCAACGUCACGGACCUCAUUAUUGACAACGUCGACUAUAUGGUGAACUCUGUGUCGUUACGUCUGAAUACCUUCGACAUAUCACCAGCAUCCACCCAAGUCCUGCGCAUGAUGAUCAGGCUCACAGGUCCAAAGCUGAUACCCUAUCUCGACGACGUUGUGGCAUCCAUCUUCGCAGCACUCGACAACUACCAUGGAUACACCUUGUUCGUCGAGAAUCUGUUCGGUGUGCUCAACGAGGUCGUGCAACAAGGCACCAAGUCUGAGAACCUACUCGUUGAGGACGCCAAAUCAUCCAAGGUCGACCACAGAAAGACCAUGUCAAAGCUAGCCACUACCGAGGAUCUCAGCGAGAUCCUAGACAACCGGGCGGAACGCCAGAAGAAACGACGACAAGAAGACCUGGAGCGCGAAGCAGAGGUCGAGAAGCACCCGCAGAGGCCGUGGAAAGUGCCCAGGACGACAGAAGUUUUAGAAGAAGGGGGAGACGACGAGCCCAGCACCGAGGCCGAGAAGCCGCCGCCACCCAAGACUCCCACAUUCAAACUGCUCUCCCGCAUCACGGACCUAACGCAGCACUAUCUCACCUCGCCCACCCCCACGCUUCGCAAAUCCCUCCUCGACCUUCUCGCCACCGUCUGUCCCGCGCUGUCCCCCGACGAGGACGCGUUCCUGCCCCUCGUCAACUCGAUCUGGCCAGUCCUCGUCGAGCGGCUCUACGACCCCAAGACCUUCGUCGUGGUCGCGGCCUGCGAGGCGCUCUCGGCGCUCUGCGAGAGCGCUGGCGACUUCCUCAACACGCGCAUCAAGGACGAGUGGUCCGACAACCUGGGCAAGUGGUGCCGCAGGACGAAGGCGGAGGCCACGGCGGCCCGGUCGCGCGGGAAGGGGACGGGUAGAGCUCCGAUUGGUAUUGGUGGAGAGGGCAAGGGGCUGCUCAUCCCGAUCCGCUCGCGUGACGGCGGGCUCGAGGGCAUGGAGUUCUCCUCCCGGGCUACUGUCGAGGGAGCCCCCACGAGCGCGGGCGCAGGCGGGAACGGGAGCACCAGCACCGGGCUCGGCAGGUUCACGCAGGCGGCGCAGGCGUGGGAGGCGGUGCAGGGCCUGCUGAUCGCGCUCGUGUCCCACGUCCAGGUCGACGACGACGUUUUCGACCAGAUCCUGCUGCUGCUGGCGGACUCGCUGGCCUCGAACGCCGAGGCGCGGGGCGCGCUGGAGGCGGUCGAUCCGGAUGCGGUCUGGUUGGCGAUGUAUGAGCGGGGGAUGCUGGGACCGACGGAGGUGGCGGGGCGGAGGCCGGUGAUGGAGGGCGUGAGGUUCGUGGAGGUCUAA